CUCUCUUACUCUCACUCGCCUCAUCCCCUUCUUCCCACUUCACCUUCUUCCUCUCGAUCUUUCCUACAAUGUCUGCCGGCAAGAAAAAGCUUAAAGUGAACACAGUGGCAGUGGACGUGGGUUGCGGCCGCUACUGCAAAAAACCCAAUCUCUCCACCAUUUUCAGCCCCAAACCCAGAUCCAAUUACAAACCAUCACCCGCCAGUCACCGUAAACUCCACCACUAUAACUAUUCUUCAUCUUCAACCUCCUCCUCCAACAAAACCACCACCACUUACACUGACUGUGGAACUCCCGCCACCUUCUCUCCCACGACCAUGGACGUCGACCCUGCCCCGCCAUCGCCCGCUCUUUGCUGCAGCUCCGAAGAGUGCCCCAAGAGCACUGUCCGCGGGCUCGGUCGUGUCGGCGGAGAGAGUCUCGCCGUCGAGAAAGAGUCCGACGAUCCGUACUUGGAUUUCCGGCAUUCCAUGCUGCAGAUGAUAUUGGAGAAGCAGAUAUACUCGAAAGACGACCUGAGGGAGCUGCUUCACUGUUUCUUGCAACUCAACUCGCCGUACCACCACGGGAUUAUCGUCAGAGCUUUCACGGAGAUAUGGGACGGCGUCUUCUCCGUCAGGUACUCCGCCGGCUCUCCGUUGCUGCGAUGUACGCGCAGGUCACGUGACUUCUGAGUGAUUGCACGCGUGACUGACUAAUAAGAUUUUGCCACGUCAGCCGCGAAGAUACGAGUUAUCACCUCCUAAAUUAAUUAGGAUUUAAAUAAUCCUAUUUUCUGUAAAUUAAGUACAAGAUUAACGUGCGGGAGUUUUGUAGUCCGACUUUCGGGGGAUGUAAAAAAAUUUCGUAAUUUAUAUAUUUUUAUCGUUAAAUUUU